AUGCUCGCCCUCACCCUCGCUGCGCUCUUCAGCGCCGCUUCCGCGACCAUCUACAACACCCGCUUCAAUGGCACAACCUGGGACGACUCCGCUUGGCGCAUCACCACCACCCACCUCGAUCCGCACCACUACCAAUCCCGCAUGUCCCUCGCCAACGGCUACCUGGGAAUCAACCUCGCCGCCAUUGGUCCCUUCUUCGACGUCGACGAUCCGGUGAAUGGAGAUAACAUCAAUGGCUGGCCGUUGUUUGAUCGGCGGCAGAGUUUUGCGACGAUCGCCGGGUUUUGGGAUUCCCAGCCGGAGACGAAUGGCACGAAUUUUGGGUGGUUGAAUCAGUAUGGUGGGGAGAGUGUGAUUUCGGGGGUGCCGCAUUGGGGUGGGUUGGUGGUUGUGGCUGGGGAGAGUGUGUUGGAUGCGAAUGUGAGGGAGGAGGAGGUGAGUGGGUUUAGCUCGACGCUGGAUGUGAGGAGGGGUGUGAUGGAGUGGAGUUUCACCUGGACGCCGAGCGGUGGGGUGCCUAUUGGAGUGCAGUAUGAGAUGUUGGUGCAUAAGUUGUUGGUCAAUGUCGGGUUGGUGAGGGUACAGCUUACGGCGGAAAGGGACGUCAAUGUUACGGUGGUGGAUGUGUUGGAUGGAGAUUGUGCGGUACGGACGCAGUUUGUGGGCAAGGAGUACCAUUCUGACCGACCGAUGAUCCACUCUGGUGUGAGUCCUGAUGGGCUGAGCAAUGUUACGGCGUACAUUGCUUCGACGCUGGUUGGAGACGAUUCGUGCAAUGCGACCAGUCGGAGACUGUUCGAUACGGAGUCUGUGACUGGAAGUAACAGCUCUACGAUUGCGCAGGCUAUGGAUGUGGCUUUGACGGGAGGCAAGACGUCUACCAUCACGAAGCACAUCGGCGGAGCUUCGAGCGAUGCCUUCACGGACCCCAAGGAGACCGCCUUGAACGCUUCCGCGAGCGCCGCCACCACCGGAUAUGAGUGUCUCUACGAGUCUCAUGUGCAGGAAUGGAAGACUGUCAUGCCAGAGGACAGCGUGGAUGACUUCAGAGAUACUGGUGGAUCUCUCGCUUUCGACGCAGAUGUCCUGGAGCUUCAAAUCACAGCUAUCACGAACCCCUUCCAGCUUUUACAGAACACCGUCAGUGCCAACGCAAUCAUGGCUGCCAACAACACAACACGACUUGAUGUCAACAGCAUCAGCGUCUGCGGUCUAGGUGGCUCCUGCUAUGCCGGUCUCGUCUUCUGGGACACCGAAGUCUGGAUGCAGCCCGGCCUCGUCGUCUCCUUCCCGCAAGCUGCGAAACAGAUUGCUCGCUAUCGAGUUGAUCGAUACGCCCAAGCUCAGGCUAACGUCCUGACUGCGUACCAGUCGAGCCAGAAUGAGACGGGAAAGUUUUCGCCUGAGGGCGCCGCAUACUCUUGGACCAGUGGUCGCUUGGGUAAUUGCACGGGAACCGGACCUUGCUUCGACUAUCAGUACCACCUCAACGGCGACAUUGCGCUGGAGUUUCAGAACUACUGGGUCGUUACUGGCGACACGGAGUACUUCAAGGAGGAACUGUUCCCCAUCUACGACUCCAUUGCUCAAUUCUACGCCGAUCUGGUCACUUUCAACGAAACGACGGGACUGUAUGAGCUGUACAACGCAACUGAUCCGGACGAAUACGCCAACUUCCAAACAAAUGUGGGCUUUACCAUGGUUUUGAUGUCAAGCCAUCUCAACAGCACGAAUGAUUUUCGACAGCGGUUCGGCAUGGAAGCCAACGAGACGUGGGCGAACAUAUCCUCGCUCAUCACAAUUCCGGUGUCUGAGCAAGCGAACAUCAUCUUGGAGUAUGCGAGCCAGAACGGCAGUAUCACUGUCAAGCAGGCGGAUAUCGUCCUGAUCGACGACUUCCUCCAAUACCCAAACCCAUACUCGCUCAGCAACCUCGACUACUACGCCGCCGCCCAAUCUGCCGAUGGACCAGCCAUGACUUACGGAGUCUUCAGCAUCGUAGCCAAUAGAGAAAGUCCCUCCGGCUGCGCAUCAUACACCUACGACCUCUACGGCUCUCAGCCCUACACCCGCGGUCCAUGGUUCCAAUUUAGCGAGCAACUCAUCGACGACUGGACCUUAAACGGAGGCACCCACCCCGCCUUCCCCUUCCUGACAGGCGUCGGAGGCGCCAACCGAGUCGCUGUAUUCGGCUACCUGGGUCUCCGCCUGACCCCAGAACACCUCAACAUCGACCCCUCCCUCCCACCACAGAUCCCCAAUCUGACCUACCGCACAAUCUACUGGCAAGGCUGGCCCAUCAAAGCCGUCUCCAACUCGACGCACACCACUCUAACUCGGCUCUCCGCCCCUCUCGAAAAUGCCAACACCACUUUCACCAACAGCCCCAUCCCGGUCACGAUCUCCCUCGAAGGCACAGAGGUCUACUCCCUUCACCCGAACGACACACUCACGGUCCCCAACCGGCAAAUUGGCGAAACGAAAACCGAUCCGGGUAAUAUCGCCCAGUGCCGCCCCGUCUCUUCUGAUACCGACUACGUCCCGGGUCAAUUCCCUCUCUCGGCCGUCGACGGCGCCGUCAGCACAGUCUGGCAACCUCUCUACUCCAAUACCACCUCUUCCCUCACCGUCGAACUCCCCCAACCCUUCGUACCCAUCAGCGCGAUCCACUUCGACUGGGCGCAAGCUCCUCCCACGUACUACGCCGUGACAUUCCACAACCUUUCCGACACCACGUCCGUGCCGGCGGUCAAUGUGACAUCCAGCGACAAUGUGAAGAUUAGCGAUCCCUUCAACGUGGAGAACGAGUUUGUAAUCCGGCCGUAUAUGAGCAAUACCACGAAUGUCACACUGCCGGAGCCGGUUUGGAGUGCGCGAUUUGCGACGUUGGAGAUUCGGGGGAACCAGGCGCAAUCGGGGACGCAGAACGAAAAGAACGGAACGGGGGCGACGGUGGCGGAGUGGGGACUUAUUGCGAGUGGAGGGGAGGAGGUGAUGAGGCGAGGGGUGAAGAGGAUGCUUUAA